AAUGAUACUGAGAAAAAGCAAAGAAUAUUUAUAUUUAAUUUUUAUCGGAUAGUGCAUCUGCAUCUUUUGCUUUCUCACAAAAAAAUUAACUUCUGCCUUUUUUUUUUUUUUUUUUUUUGCACAUCCCUUAGAAGAGCUGUUCCUCUUAGCAACAUGCUUGUAUUCAUAACCACCAAUCAAACUAACCAAAGAUGACAUCAGCUCAUGAAAUAAGGAAACACACUCAAAUGGUGAAAUUUUGCUUUCAUCUUCCAAAUCAGAGCCAAUCAAGACUCAAAGAAAUGAUGCCACUGCUUCUUACACCAAAGCAUCAUGGGGAGAAAAAAGAAGAAGACAAAAUAUAUUUGGCUCUUGAGAUUUCACCAAUCAGAAUCUUUGAGAAUGACAUCACUCCUCGGUAGUAAGGAACUGCAUGAAAAGAAGCUGUCUACCAAAGAAAUCUGGCCUUCUCGAUGCAACCUGGUCUCCCCAAUCUUCCAGCUGGUUAGACCUAUGCUUCUGCAAGUCUUCAUACCUGUGAUAACACUGCUGGCUGGAGUGAGUACAGGUGGUCACCCAACUCCUGCCAGAUGUCAGUCUUUUUCCAGAAGUACAGCAACUUGCACCCAUCCCACUGGCAUGACCUCCAACCUCCUCACAGGUGGAAGCAGCAGUGCGACUACCACCACCAUCAUCACCACCACCAGUGGAAGCAGCCAGAAAAUCUGGGUCGCAGCCUGUCACACUUUUCUCUACAGCGCUUGCUCUAUCUACACCACUUGCAUCAGGAAGUCCUGUACUGGAGGCUGGUACUGUAGUACCUCCAUUAACAGUGCACAUGGAGGUGACACCUUUGUUAUCCAUCGAAAGCUGCAGACCUUGUGGGGAAUCUCAUUGACAGCAGGUUGCAUACCUGCAUUGGCCAUAUGGAGACCAUACUCUGUUGACUUACUGAGUCAUGCUCAGCAGUAACACCACAUUCAAAGCCAGGACCAAGUGAUGACUGUACUCAGGGUGAGGAGUAGCCUCCUACUAGUUCAGAGCUGGCAGCAAAUGCAUAUGCAAACACCCAGUCCUAUUCCCCAAUCUUUUGUGUCCACUCCCUGCUGUUUGUUUUACAGUCCUCCCCUCACCCCUGUCUUAUAUUUCCUGAUGUCUCAGCCACCAUUGUAUUCCCCUUGUCUUGGUGUGUUACCCCACACCAUUACAAUCAAGUCCGUCUGUCCCUUCCAACUAAACUACCCCUUUUACAUUCCUCUUACUUUUCUUACUUUCUACCCAACCUUCCCUGUGGCAUCUGUCUCACAAAAAAUGAUAUGGCUUUCUCCUGUACCUCUCAGUUCUCCACAUAUUUGCAGAAUAUCGUGAUGGUUGCCUCAUAAUUUUUGGUGUAUUCCUCACAAUAUUGAUAUUUUUAUGGAAAACAAGUGAGGACUGA